AUGGGAGGGGAUUCUACUAGUUCAAAAAAUCCCCAAAAACGUACCUCGCCUUCAGGUAACACAUCUGAUAGUGCCUUCGCCAGUUCAGUUAAUAAUACCGCUGAGAAUACUAAGGAUAAGAGUAAAGGUGAGAGUAGAGUAGAUACAUCUGAGUAUGAUAAGUAUUUAUAUGAAAUGGAUUUGGCAGUGGAGGCCAGUAAGGGCCGAAACUUGAAUUUGAAAGAUAAUCCUAACUAUCUAAAAAGGUUGCGUGACGAGGCCCGUAGAUCAUAUUUGGAACGACGUGAAGAGGAGAGACUUGAAUUGGCAAAAAGAGAAUUGGGUGAAAAGGAAAUAGUGUACGAUAGUAAGCUUAGGAGAGAUGAAUUCAUACAAAAGUCCCUUAAACUUGAUAGGGAGAGAGUGAAAUUGGCAGAAACCGCUAUUAAAACUAGGCCUACAGACUCCAGUGUAAUUACGUAUGAAUUGCCAGAUAGCUAUGACGAGGAUAACUUGAAAAGGUUAGAAGUUAUAAAGAAGAAGCAGCAGCUUUCAAAGGCUAAAGAUAAGCCAGUGAAUGAGCAAGACCUGUGGGAGAGUAAGCUGUACAAGUAUGGAAUAACAAAGUUUGGGGUAGUAGAAGAGGACUCAAAGGCAGGAAAACUUGAAGAAGAUUCUGAAAAUAAGUUAAUUGGCGAUUUAAGUAAUUUUAAAGAUCUUGUUGGAGAUUCAAUAAACUUUAUACUGGACUCUAAAAUGCCUGAAGUAAACCUCACAAACAUCGUACAAACUGACCUUGACUUUGAAAGUACAAGCGUUAGUUCAUCAAGUGAUGACGAAUCUGAUUCAAUUAGCAAAGAGAAAAGGACAAGUAACAAGUAUUUGAGCAGACUUGAGAAAUUGAAGAGAAAACAACACAAACUAAUACUCCAGGAGAGGCAGAAAUUACCAAUUUACUAUUACAGGACCGAGCUACUAAGUGCUAUAAAGAAGUAUAAAACUUUGAUUGUUGUUGGUGAGACUGGUAGUGGUAAGACAACACAAAUCCCGCAAUACUUGCACGAAGUCGGUUACUCUAGAGCCGGUGUCAUAGGAAUAACUCAGCCCAGAAGGGUUGCCGCAAUGUCGGUAGCAACUCGCGUGAGUAAGGAAUUGAAUGUUAAAAUGGGUUCAACAGUCGGUUACUGUAUCAGGUUUGAAGAUUACACAAGCUCAAACACUAAGAUUAAGUACAUGACUGAUGGUAUUCUUCUUAGAGAAUUCGCCUCAAACCCGACACUUGAAAAUUACUCUGUAAUAAUGAUCGACGAGGCUCAUGAAAGAACAUUACACACCGAUGUAAUCUUCGGACUCGUUAAGGAUUUGAUCAGAUACAGAAAUGACUUUAGACUGAUUAUUUCAUCAGCUACAUUAGAAGCUGAGAAGUUUGCUCUCUACUUCGAUAAUGCACCUAUAUUCAAAAUACCUGGAAGAAGAUAUCCUGUACAAAUAUAUUAUACAAAGACCCCAGAGGCUAAUUACCUGGACGCAUCAAUAAUCACAAUUUUGCAAAUUCACUUGACACAGCCGAUUGACGGUGAUAUUUUAGUUUUUUUACCCGGCCAACAAGAGAUUGAGUACAUACAGGAAGAACUUAUCGCAAGACUGAAGAAUAGAAAGGAUAUUAGAGAACUGAUAAUACUAUCGAUAUAUUCGUCACUGCCUAGUGAUAUGCAAAAUAAAAUAUUUGAGCCAACACCAGAAAAUUCCAGAAAAGUAAUUCUGUCAACUAACAUCUCAGAAACCUCAAUCACACUAGACAAUAUAGUAUACGUAAUUGAUACGGGAUUUUGUAAAUUAAGUCUUUAUUCCCCUAAAACAGGGCUGGAUAGUUUAAUAGUAGUACCAUGUUCAAAAGCAAAUGCGAAUCAAAGAAGUGGUAGGGCAGGCAGAGUUAGAGCAGGCCACUGUUUCCGUUUAUAUACGAAACUGUCAUAUGAUAAGGAAAUGGAAGAUAAUCAUGAGCCCGAAAUAAAGCGAGUUAAUCUGUCAUCUGUAGUGCUUUUAUUGAAAUCUAUAGGAAUUGACGAUUUGUUAAACUUCGAUUUUAUGGAUCCUCCUACCCCUGAAAGCUUAAUAAAUUCUCUGGAGUUGAUAUACUCACUUGGAUGUCUUAACGAUUCUGGAGAACUGACAAAACUAGGUAAAAUCAUGUCAGAACUACCACUGGACCCAAUGUACUCUAAAAGCCUCCUUUUCUCAAUUCAGCAUAACUGCCAUGAAGAUAUUAUUAUAAUACUAUCAAUGCUCAUUCAGAGUAUUUUUUAUUUAGUUAUUCACUCUUUUAACCUACAUACAUAUCCAAACUCUAUAUCACAACGUUUAGGUAAUAAUAUAUUUUACAUACCGAAGGAUAGGAGAAUACAUGCUGAGAACAAUUACAAGAACUUUUACAACAAUAACAGUGACCACUUGAUGUUGCUGAAUGUGUAUAAUCAGUGGAAGGAAAAUGAUUUUUCAAUAGCAUGGUGUUAUGAAAACUACCUCCAGUACAAAUCACUCAUCCAAAUACAAAACAUUAUACAACAACUGCAAAAUUUGAUUACAAGGUUGAAUCUGGUUGAUGGUGAUACGGUUAAUGGUGACGUACAAAAUAACCAAAAAGAUAAAGAAAUCGGGUCGAACAUGAACUACAAUGAUGUAAUAAUGAAGUGUAUUGUGAGUGGGUUCUUUACCAAUGUCGCGGUUAAGAACGAGAAAAAGAGCGAAAAGAACUACAAAACAAUUAAAAGUAAGCAAGUGGUCUAUAUUCAUCCAAACUCGUCGGUUUUUAAGCAAAAUAUAAAGUUUGUUGUUUACAACGAUUUGGUUCUAACCACUAAACACUUCAUCAGGCAAGUCUCGGAAAUUCAGGCUAAGUGGCUAAUGGAGCUAGCUCCGCACUAUUACCAAAACAUUAAAUUUUAA